UCAAAUCUCAUCGGACCAGCCUACUGACUGGUGUUUGUAUUCGUCCGGAUAAAUUGUUGCCUUUUUGUGAAUAACAAUACUUCUAAGCAUUCGCGCCCAGUCGUCAGUCACCCCAAAAUAGCGAGGAUGAUUCCGACCGAGGAUGCGUCUGCUAGGAAGCGGGAGAUAGAGGAGAAACUAAAGCAGGAGCAAGAAACCCUGGCAUUUAUUCGUGAAAACUUAGAGAAGAGUGACCAGUUAACAAAAGGAAUGGUGUCCAUUCUGUCGUCGUUUGAGAGCCGACUGAUGCAGCUGGAGAACUCCAUCAUCCCAGUGCACAAGCAAACGGAGAACCUUCAGAGACUGCAAGAGAAUGUGGACAAGACCCUCUCCUGCAUGGAUCACGUCAUCAGCUACUACCAUGUAGCCAAGGACACAGACAAGAUCAUCAGAGAGGGACCCACCGGGCGACUGGAUGAGUAUCUGGCCUGCAUUGCAAAGAUCCAGAAAGCAGUGGAGUAUUUCCAGGAUAACAAUCCUGACAGCCCAGAACUCAACUUAGUGAAAGCCCGAUUUGAGAAGGGAAAGGAGAGCCUGGAGGCCGAGUUCCGUGGCCUGCUGACGCGCUACAGCAAGCCAGUGCCCCCCAUCCUCAUCCUGGACGCCAUCGGUGUGGACGAGGAGCUGGAGAUCCAGGAGGAGGUGACGCUGGAGCACCUGCCCGAGGCCGUGCUGCAGGACAUCAUCAUCAUUUCCGGCUGGCUGGUAGAGUACGGACGCAACCAGGACUUCAUGAACGUGUACUUCCAGAUCCGCUCCAACCAGCUGGACCGAUCCAUCAAGGGGCUGAAGGAGCACUUCCGCAAAAGCAGUGCCUCCUCCGGCAUCCUCUACUCGCCGGCGGUGCAGACCAAACGCAAAGACACCCCCACCAAGAAGGCCCCCAAAAGACCAGUCUACAUCCCAGGGACCAUUCGCAAGGCUCAGAACCUUCUGAAACAGUACUCUCAGCAUGGGCUGGAUGGCAAAAAAGGGGGCGCUAACCUCACCCCUCUGGAAGGUCACGAUUAUGACCUGCGGGCCAAACACCCGAGUGAUGCCCUGAAUGAGAAGCAUGCGACAAGCACAGGGAAGGACGAAGUGCUGGACGUCGAGAUCGACUCCUACAUCCACUGUAUCAGCGCCUUCGUCAAGCUGGCCCAGAGCGAGUAUGCUCUGCUCUCGGAGAUUAUUCCGGAACACCACCAGAAGAAGACCUUCGACUCGCUCAUUCAGGAGGCUCUUGAUAACCUGAUGUUGGAGGGCGAUAACAUUGUGUCGGCUGCCCGCCGGGCCAUCCUGCGUCAUGAUUACUCUGCUGUCCUCACCAUCUUCCCCAUACUGAGACACCUGAAGCAGACCAAGCCCGACUUUGACUCUACACUGCAGGGCACAGCAGCCAGCACAAAGAACAAGCUCCCGACCCUCAUCACGUCCAUGGAGACCAUUGGAGCUAAGGCUCUAGAGGAGUUUGCUGACAGCAUUAAGAAUGACCCUGAUAAGGAAUACAACAUGCCCAAGGAUGGAACAGUCCAUGAGUUGACUAGCAAUGCCAUCCUGUUCCUGCAGCAGCUGCUGGACUUCCAGGAGACCGCUGGGGCCAUGCUGGCUUCGCAAGAGACCAGUUCGUCUGCCAGCAGUUACAGCUCUGAGUUCAGCAGACGACUCCUCAGUACAUACAUAUGUAAAGUUCUGGGUAACCUACAACUGAACCUACUCAGCAAAUCCAAAGUGUAUGAGGACCAAGCCCUCAGUGCCAUAUUCCUCCACAAUAACUAUAACUACAUCCUCAAGUCCCUGGAGAAAUCAGAACUGAUCCAGUUGGUUGCCGUGACUAAUAAGAAGGUUGAGAGUUCUUAUAGGGAACUGAUACAACAACAAAUCCAGGUGUACCAACGCAGCUGGUACAAAGUAACAGAGCACUUGACUGAUCGGAAUAUGCCAGUAUUUCAACCUGGUACCAAGUUGAAAGAUAAAGAACGACAAGUGAUCAAAGACAAGUUCAAGGGUUUCAACGAUGGCCUGGAGGAGCUGUGUAAGAUCCAGAAGGGCUGGGCCAUCCCUGACAAAGAGCAGCGCGACUUCAUCCGUCAGGCCCAAAGGAGAGUAGUCUCAGAGACCUACAAGGCCUUCCUGCAGAGAUAUGCCAACAUCUCGUUCACGAAAAAUCCAGAGAAGUAUCACAAGUACAGGUCAGAAGACGUGGAGGAAAUGAUCGGGAGGCUUUUCGACACCUCAGCUUGAGUUCCCGUCAGUCGCCAGUGGCAACCACCCAAUGCUCCUUGCACAUUUCCAUGCUCAUCUCAACCUCCUGCUUCAUUUGGGCCCCCUGGGAGCCAAUGCUGUUGUUUUUUUGCAUUUUGUUUUUGUUUUUUUUUGUUUUCUUUUUGUAUAAAAACACUAUUUAUGUGAACUCCAUGUGCACAUUUGUAUUGAGAUUAAUACACUAUAAAUAAAUACAAGAAAUUAUGUUA